AUGGCGACAAAGAAUACCACUGUCGGCUCAGCAGCAUGGAUCACAGCCGAAAAGGAGAAUGCUCUGCAAAUUUUACAGAAUGAGAGAGAAGAAGUCGUUUUCCCGGCCCAGCAUCAGUUAGAAUGGCUCAAUGAGCACAUGGCUGAUAUCUUCAGCAAGAGCAAUGUUGACAUGGGAAAUGUUUUCAAGACGCCUGGGAAACUGCGCGGCAAGACUCCUCGAACUGCUAGAAAGCGCAAUGUGCCUGGUGCAGAUACGCGCAUUGUAAGAUUGUUCUUCAUUAUCCGACAAGGCGCUCUAACAUAUAAGCUACAGCCACUGAGUGAUGUAUUCUCCUCCAAGCCCGUUCUGCGCCAAAGCCCACAGAAGGCGGCGCACCAUAACAAACCGCACUUUGAAAUUGCUACCGAUAAAGAAGAGCAAGUUUCACAUUCAUAUAAAUCGCAGGCUGACUCGGGAUACCACACAUCAAGUCAAGAGAUGGAUAAUGACGUGGAAACAAACAUGUCGCCGAUUACUCAACCACCAGAGACUCAAGAUUCAGACAUGAUUGAUGUUGUUGCCGAGCCCGACCUGCCCGAUGUUCAAGAAGAACACCGAACGACUGAAGGCUCUUUUCAUUCCGCUAAAGAGGACCAGACAACCAAGCUUGGUCAUCCUGAAACCACCGCGAUCGCUUCAAAGGAACCAGCAUCAGCACUUGUUGCAGAUGCCAAACAGCCAAGCGGUGAUCCUAUCUCCACAGCUGAACCCCGACAAGACAUGCAACAUGAGUUUGAUGAUAUCGGCUCUCCUUCAGAUGAGUCUACCCCAGAUCGACCGUUGGUUCGGAAGAGCAGUCUAACUUUCGCCGCACUACCUGCACGAGAACCAAUGAAAUCAAGUCUUGGUGCAAGAAUAUCAAGGACAAGCCAUGUAGACCGAGCCCGUUCUCUAUCACAAAAUCCCUACGCUGCACGUCAUCCUUCCGCAACGGAUCAAGACCCGAAAUCAACUAGGCUCUACAAUGAAGAUACCCCGAUGAGGGACCAUGUCGACCACGAGGCCGAAGAUGACAGCGACGACGACGAGAACGUGGAGAUCUUGGGCCACGAUGAUUCAGACGGGGAAGCGCAGAUGUCCAAAAACCAUUCAAAGUCCUCUACCCAAAGACUCCAUGAGAAGAUUGAUAUGCUAGGAAAGGCUCCUGCUCCACGGCCUUCCAAAUCUAUAUCUUCUACCCUUGCUAACAUCAAGAACUCUGAGCUGAAUGCUCAACCUGAAGGGCAACCCAAGCAUCCACAACACACGAAUAAUGACGAGGAUGAUUGGAUCAAGCCGCUUACCUCCCCGAAUGUUGUAUCAUCCCCUGCUAAGGGCACUGUCACAAGAGAUGACGAAUAUUCGGACGAAGAAGGAUUCGAUAUUCGUGCACCAGAACUAAUUGCACAUGAAGAGCGAAUGAGGACACCUGUACGAAUGUCUCCAGCUCCCGUAAGAAUGAUGCCGGGCUAUGGACACGCGAAAUCUGCAUCGACCGUGACCUUGGCCUCUCCUGCUAAAGCGGCCAUGGCACCUCCAGCAAGCCCAGCAAAAUCCAUCUCGAUCUCCAACCCAUCCUAUCCUCCUACGACUACGCCUCAAGGUUCGCCGCGGAGAUACCUUGACUUGAGUGCUUCUAAAUCGAGACUUCAUUCGAUAAUGAAAACUGCUAAAGGUUUAUUUACCACCAGCGCAAGUAUUUCGGCGGCGGCAAAAAUGGAAACUCUUUCACCACAAGCAUUGAAGACAGCGGCGAACAAUAUGCCAGGAAUGUAUCCCAACCUCAACGCUUUGCUCCAAGAUAAGCCUCUGCCUAGCAGUCCCAAGGAUGCGAGGAAGACCCGCAGCUCCACUGACAGGGAAAAAGAGGAGCAAAGAAAGGAGAAGGAGGCAGCUCUGAAACAAAGGAUGGAUGAGCAGCUUGAGAAAGCACGCGAACAAGAGCGACGAAAAGCUGUUGAACAGAGGCUGGCUCAUGAGAAGGUAUUGAAAGCAAAGGCACCCGAGCCGCCACAAUCAAGUCCUCGACGGCAAAAUGGGGAACAAUUGGAUAUUGCAGACCCUCCUCCACCCGGCAUGAAGACUGGAAGACCGGUGCGUCCAGGAAGAGAGCCGCCUGUCAAUAAAGCAAAGCCAGCACCGGUCUCGAUUCGAGUGGGCACGUUAUCACAGCGAAUGCCCAUCAAUGCUACUUCUUCGGCAUCUACAACCCAAGAGACACUUCCCGCCGAGCCCAAACGCCCAGGUCUGGCCAAAAAGGCGAGCACUGCAUCGUUGCAAUCAUCGACCUCGACCAACCUCAAAUCAUCGGUCCAUGGCCCAGCACCGAAACCGCGAGCUCUCCUAGCGGCAGAGCGGAAGAAGGAGCAGGAUGAGCGUGAAGCGCAAAGAAAACUCGAGCAGAAGCGAGAGCUCGAGCGCAAGCGGGCAGCACAGCAAGAACAAGCACGAAAAGAGGAGCAGCGUCAACGAGCGGAAGUUGAAAGGAAGGAACGAGAACGGGUGGCUGCUGAGCAAGCCAAGAGACAAGCCCAGCAACAAGCCAUUGAGCGAAAGCGACAAGAAGCAGCGCGAAAAGCCGAGCAGCAGCGACUUGAUCGUGUCGCGAAUGAGGCUGCGGCAACGAGACCUUCUUCUCGCAUGGCAGGUCCAACGGCUAACCGCCCGUUGAUCAACCAUCCUUUACCUACCAAUCCUGCCAAACCAGCAAAGAGGCCUCUGGACGAAGAUGCCGGACCAUCACGCCCCCAACCGGCGAAAUAUGGUGAUGCCAAACGAAGAAAGACCGAGGAUGAAAGUGUUGUGGAGCCCGCGUCACGACCAGUGGUCUCUGGAGCUCCUAUUCGACAGUCACAACUUGGAAAGAAGCCGUCGAUCUUCAAUCAUAGCACUUAUGCCCCGGCGCAGCAAGCAGGUCACCUGAGUCAGUUCCCUCAGCCGCCUAGCCGUGCCGCUCCUCCGCAGAUGCAACAAUAUGGCGCUGGAGCCAAGAUUCCAUUUGCCGACGCACCCAACCCGCCGGCGCAUACCAAGACUCCAGCAUCAAUUGUGAAACAAAAGACCAUUCAAGCUGUCAAGUCGUCGCCACAAUAUCCUAAUGGCGAGGCUAUUCAUCUUCCUGAGAUUCCUACCGACUCUGAGGAUGAGGAUUCAGACGAUGAUGGCAAUGCCUUCCCCAUUCCAGAUUGGGCGACUCCAGGCCAUCUCACUGAACAACUCAUCCGACAAGAAGGCAUGGACGGAGAUGCAGUCUUUGGACCGAUAGCUCCCCUGAGAAUGGAGGAAAUAUUCGCCAAGGGAAACAAGGAUAGACUCAAAAACCUACGAGUGCGCACAAGUAGUGCCAACUGGGCCAUGAGCGGCGACGGGUUGACUCUUGAAGAAGUACGAAUAGACCGAGAGCAGCGGGAACGGAUGAGGGUACAAGGCGGGUGGAGGUUUGGCAAUCAAUGA